AUGGCACAUGCUCCGGCACUUUUACGGACUCACACGGCCCCCGUCUUCCCAGCCAACAACAAUUACGGAUCUAUGUCGGCGUCUACUACGAGCAGCCUCCGCACAAGCCAGUUAUCCGGCUCGACAGCCAUCAACUCGUCGAAUUCUUCGCUUUCAUCUAUGGUUCCUACAUCGAGUAACGGCAAUGUGGUGCCCACCACAAAUAUUAUCAACCAGAGGGCUGAUGCCUCCAGGUCGCUUUAUCAAAUAUGUAUCGCGCUGAAGCAGCGACUAACUCGCGUCCCUGGUUUCGAGGUUCAUCUCGACGCCCUACCGCCAACCCACAAUGAAGAUGGCCCCGUGGAAUCCUUAUGGAAUCUGCUGCGAACUGGAGUACCUCUCUUGACUAUAUAUAACUGCUUGCAGCUAGAAAGCCCAUUAGAGAUCGAUCCUGGGGCCAACGAGACUAAGCGACCCAAAUUAGCCGUAUUCAAAUUCCUCCAGGCCAUCAUGAAACGUCCUGAGAUCCCCUCCGAGUCCUUUAUGAUCAGUGAUUUGAUGGGAAACGAUACCACUGGUUUCGUCAAGGUUACCCAAAUUGUGAAUCAUGUUUUGGACCUUGCCGAGCAGCGAGGUCUACUUCUGCAAGUCCAAGCGUAUCAAGAAGAGAGUGGACCGACAGCGCCUGGGUCUCAAAUGACAUAUCGCGACCAUAUCAUCCAAGAACUUGUCGAUACCGAGCGAAAAUACGUCCAAGAUCUGGAGAAUCUGCAUGAUCUCAAGAAAACUUUAGAGCAGAAGGGUGUGAUUACCGGUGAUAUCAUCCACCAGAUAUUCUUGAACAUAAAUUCGAUAUUGGAUUUUCAAAGGCGAUUCUUGAUUCGUGUCGAAACUACAAACUCGAUGUCGCAGGAUAUGCAACGAUGGGGUGCGCCAUUUGUCACAUACGAAGAUGCCUUCGAUAUUUAUCAACCCUUCAUCGCAAAUCAGCGGAAAGCAGGCCAGAUAGCGAACAAAAUCUUUGACAAGAUUCAGUUGGCCGAGCACCCUGUGUCGUUUGAUUUUAACACAUUGGAUAGUUUCCUCCUGAAGCCCAUGCAAAGACUGGUCAAAUAUCCUUUACUACUAGGAUCUCUCUUGAAAAAGUGUGAAGAUGAAGAAGUCAAGGCCGACUUAGCUGCAGGCAUCAAGGCAGCAGAACGAGUUCUUACGAAGGCAAACGAGGCAGUCAAUCGUGACCUGCUAGACGAAGCUUUGGAAGAACUCACAAAUAGAGUAGACGACUGGAAGAGUCAUAACGUCAAGUCUUUCGGACGGUUGUUGUUGCACGGUGUGUAUACUGUCAUUACUGGACGUAGUGAGCAAGAAAAGGAUUAUGAGAUUUAUCUGUUCGAGUGUAUUCUCCUCUGCUGCAAAGAGGUCCAACCAAACAAAACCAAGGAUAAGAAAGACAAGAACAAAUCUGCGCCGAAGAUCCCGAACAAAAAUAAUAAACUGCAGCUUAAGGGGCGGAUAUUUAUGACUAACGUGACCGAAGUCCUCUCGUUCGCAAAACCGGGUUCAUAUACGGUGCAGAUAUGGUGGAAGGGCGAUCCCGGCGUAGAAAACUUUAUUAUAAAGUUUUCUAACGAGGAAACGAUGAAGAAGUGGGAGACGGGGCUGGUUUCGCAGAAGAAAGAACACGCGCCGAGCACAGCUAUAAGCCCCGACCAAUCCACACCGGAUUUUGCAUGGAUGCGAAAUCAAGGCGGUCUCGAGAACCCCUACGCUCAGCAGGACGACGAUGAGGACGAGGAAGAGGAAGAAGCAGUAUCGGUACAAGUCACUCAACCGAGCGAUGGCUUCCCGAAUGGCGGAGUUAUAAAUCGUAAUGCCUCAAGUACAAGUCUCAGGCAACGCUCCGCUACUGGAGAGAGUAACCUCUCGUUAGCAAGUAUCGCUCGAGCACCACCGCCGCGCUUUCCUCUCCCGGCACCCCCAGGGCAGUUGAGUCUUCAAACACAAGGUGGUACGCAGUCGCCUAGUGCCCGUAUUAUGGAGUCGUAUUUUUCUCCCACAGCAGAGUCCCCUGCAUCGUCACGGACGAGCACGGCAAGUACCUUGUUUGCAUCCGCGAAUGGACAACAGUACCCGUUCCCAAGGACUGGAACACCUCAAAGCGGUUGGGAAGAUAACAAUCGUUACACUGCCCCAGCUUUGCCACGAGCUCCCUCGAGAGACGGUCCAUCACCGAUGAACGGAAGGAAUUCCGCCAGAACAGCGUCGUUCCAGCAACAACGUAGCCGGUCUUAUAGCACUCCAGAUAUCAACGGGCAGCAAAACGGACGUAGGACUAACAACAGUACCCCGGUCCCCGCCGUGCCUGGGAUUCCAUCUCAUCUUCACCCUGCACACGACCCAAGCAUCCCGCGGUCUCAAACCGGUUCCCCCAGACAGGACAUCCCUGUCCGUACCAGCACGCAGAGCCCAGGUGUACAGCGUGACGGAGGGACCUUGUCUCAAUUCCCCACCCAACCUAUCUAUCCUCGACAAGCAACUCCAGCCUCGGGGACGGCAACUGGAGGUACAGCACCUCCGACAUUGAGUGUAGAUAACCGACAGCCCGUGUCACCGCCGCUGGGCACUGCUACGCAAGGCAACCCACUCUCGAGUCCUGAUUCGUCAAUUCCCGCACAAUUGAAAGUCAAAGUGAACUGUGAUAGUGGGAACUAUUUCACGCUCGUUGUUCCAUUUAAUAUCGCGUACCAGUCUCUCAGCGACCGCAUCGAUGUUAAGCUUGCACGAUUCACAACCAGUUCGAUUGCUAAGGGCACCCUGAAGCUGCGAUAUCGUGACGAAGACGGAGAUUCUGUAACAAUUGAAAGUGACGACGACAUCCAAAUAGCAUUCUCGGAGUGGGGUGAAGGUGCGCGCAAUUAUUCUGGCGGCGUUGGAGAAAUAGAACUUUUCUGCGUCGGAGAAACGAGUUGA